AUGAGUUUGAAUGAUUUCCGAGCUCAAUUCUUGGACAAGGCUCAAUUUUGUCCAGAAUUCCUUGAAAAUGACCAAUUGCUCAAAGAGCAAUUUUAUUUGAAGUUGAGGAAGAACAUCCGGGAGAAAAUUAGUUUGCGCCAAAUGGAGUCCUUCUCCAUGUUGGCGGAUGUGGCCCGGGAUCAUGAGAUCGAGAUGUCGAGAGUAGAUGAAGGUGUCUUGAAAAGAAGGUAUGAAGAUGUAAAUUCUCCAAGCAAGAAGCCUAGACAAGAGGGUAGCUCCGGUAAUUAUCCCAAUAAAAGAAAUGUCCCCUUUUGUCGUCAAUGUAAGAAAAAUCAUCCGGGGGUUUGUAGAGCGGGAGACAAGGCUUGUUACACUUGUGGAAAACCGGGGAAUACUAGCCGGGAAUGUAGGUCCAAACCUCACAAGCCCGUGAUUUGUUUCAAGUGCUUCGAAGAGGGUCACAUGAGAAGUUCAUGCCCGAAAUUAACGGAGGAGGAGAGGUUAGAAGAAAGAAGAAGAGAAGCGGAGAGGAAGAAUGCCCAAACGCAUGGAAAUCCAAGGGGAAGGUCCUUCCAACUCUCCGUGGAGCAAGCAAGAAACACCGAUGAUGUUGUCACAGGUACAUUCCUUGUAUAUAAUGUGCCUAUGCGUAUUCUCUUUGAUUCGGGGGCGAAUAGAUCAUUUGUUGCUAUUAGAAUGAUUCAUGUUAUUCCCGUGUCUAAAUCAUGUUUAGAAUAUACUUUGCAAGUUGAGUUUGACAUAAUCUUGGGUAUGGAUUGGUUAAGCUCUUGUAACGCAAAAAUUUCAUGUGAUGAGAAAGCGGUGUAUUUGAAGACUUCUAAGGGCGAAGACUUGGUGGUUUAUGGUGAUAAGAAAGAACGUUCUAUACCCGUUUGUACCUUUGCUCGUGCUAAACGUUAUAUGUCUCACGGUUGUCAUGCUUAUCUUACUCACAUCGUUGAUGUUGAGAAGAAACCUCUUUCUAUUGAAGACAUCCCCAUUGUUAAAGAUUUCGUUGAUGUUUUUCCCGAAGACUUGCCGGGCAUUCCUCCCGAACGGCAAGUUGAAUUCUCUAUUGAUCUCAUUCCCGUGAAGAACAAGUAUCCUUUGCCUAGAAUCGACGAUUUAUUCGAUCAACUUCAAGGAGCUUCGUAUUUUUCUAAAAUUGAUCUUCGUUCGGGUUACCAUCAACUCAAAGUACGUGAGGAAGACAUUUCUAAAACCGCUUUUCGAACUCGUUAUGGUCAUUUUGAGUUUGUUGUCAUGCCUUUUGGACUCACAAAUGCUCCCGCGGUGUUCAUGGACCUCAUGAAUUGUGUUUGUCGACCCAUGCUUGACAAGUCCGUGAUUGUUUUUAUCGAUGACAUUCUUAUUUAUUCCAAAACUUCACCCUUGACCAAAUUAACUCGCAAGAAUAUCAAGUUCGAAUGGAAAGAUGAACAAGGGAUGGCUUUUCAACAACUUCGUGAAAGGCUAAGUCAAGCACCGGUUCUUGUUUUGCCCGAUGGUCUUGAAGAUAUGGUGGUGUAUUGUGAUGCAUCAUCUAAUGGCCUCGGUUGUGUUCUUAUGCAACGAGGUAAAGUUAUUGCUUAUGCUUCUAGGCAAUUGAAAGAGCAUGAAAAGCGAUAUCCCACUCAUGAUUUGGAGUUAGCGGCGCAAAGAGAUCUCAACAAUCGCCAGCGAAGGUGGCUAGAUCUCUUGAAGGAUUAUGAUUGCGAGAUUUUGUAUCAUCCUGGGAAGGCUAAUGUGGUAGCGGACGCUUUGAGUCGGAAGAGUUCUCAUCAUGCCUUAGUCGUUUCUCCUCUUUGGGUUUUGAUCACUAACGAUUUCUUGGAUCAAAUUAGAGAAGUUCAAGAGAAGGCUUUGCAACGGGAUCCUAAAAGAGAAAGAAUUCAAGGCCAAUUGCAAUAUUUCACUAAGGAUUCUCGUGGCCUUACCUUACGCUUUGGGAGGAUUUGGAUCCCAUUCUCUUGUGAGUUGAAGCAAGUUCUCCUCGAUGAGGCUCACAAAUCCAAGUAUUCCAUUCACCCCGGUGCUACAAAGAUGUAUCAUGAUUUGAAAGUAGAAUAUUGGUGGCCUGGUAUGAAACGUGAUGUAGUGAAGUAUGUCGAGAAAUGUUUGACUUGCGCACAAGUGAAGGCUGAGCAUCAAAAGCCUUAUGGUAUGAUGCAACCACUGGAAAUACCGAAAUGGAAGUGGGAGGAGAUCACCAUGGAUUUCGUCACAAAGUUGCCCAAGACCCCUAGAAAUCAAUUUGAUACCAUAUGGGUGAUAGUUGAUAGACUAACCAAGAGUGCCUUGUUUCUCCCUAUCCGUGAGGCAUCGUCAUCCGAAGUGUUGGCAAAGAUCUACGUGAAAGAAGUUGUAGCUAGACAUGGAGUUCCUAUCUCCAUUGUUUCGGAUAGAGACACUCGUUUCACUUCUCACUUUUGGCGGAAAUUUCAUGAAGAUAUGGGUACCGAGCUCAAGCUUAGCACCGCCUAUCACCCACAAACGGAUGGCCAAAGUGAGAGAACCAUUCAAACGCUUGAAGACAUGCUUCGAGUAUGUAUAAUUGAUUUUGGAGGCACUUGGGAUCUUCACUUGCCUUUGGUAGAAUUCUCAUAUAACAAUAACUACCAUUCUAGUAUUCAAACGUCACCGUAUGAAAUGUUGUAUGGAAGGAAGUUUCGAUCUCCAAUUUGUUGGGGAGAAGUUGGUCAACGUGAAAUAGGAGGAACGGAGGUGGUAUUGAAGACCAUUGAGAAAAUCGAUGUGAUUAAAGAAAGGCUAAAAGCGGCCCAAGACCGCCAAAAGUCUUAUGCGGAUAAACGAAGAAGACCAAUCGAAUUCAAUGUGGGCGACCGCAUCAUGUUGAAAGUCUCUCCAUGGAAGGGUGUUUUACGUUUUCGAAAGCGUGGGAAAUUAAGUCCUCGUUUUAUUGGCCCGUUCAAAAUUUUGGCUAAGGUUGGCAAGGUUGCAUACCGUUUGGAGUUACCGGAUGAGCUUUCAGGAAUACAUCCUACGUUUCAUGUGUCUCAUCUUAGAAAGUGCCUAGCCGACGAAUCUACUUAUGUACCCUUGAAAGAAAUAGAGGUCGAUAACAAGUUGAAUUAUAUUGAAGAGCCCAUUGCCAUAGUAGAAGAAGAGCUAAGAAGAGUGCAAAAGAAGACGGUGAGGACUUAUAAGAUUUUAUGGAAGCACGGCAAGAUGUCCGAUUGCACUUGGGAGUCCGAACAUGAUGUUCUUGUUUACUAUCCGUUGAAGAUUGCUUGUGCUUGUUCAUUUAGCGUUAUUAUCUUUGUUGCGGAGGAGGUAGUUCCGGAGGAAGGAACUAGUGAGUGUUGUUUGAAGAUAGUUGAUUUAGAGUUUGAAGCGAUUUUUUUGGACGUCUUGAAGGUGCAGGUCAGAGAUUUCCCACUGAGUCGCAGUGGGAGGUUUUUCACUUGCCGACCAGAGAUUUCCCACUGA